GUAUAGUACAUGAUGGAUAUGCCCAUCAAGGUUACCUUGAUUUAGAACCUGAUGUAGGACAUGGCUAAUUGAUGAUCGACCAGGUAUUUACUGAUGGGCGUACAUACCUAUGCAACAAUUGCAUAUAAAUCACCUUGCAUACUGCGUUCAACCCCAACCAGAGGUAGGCUGGGUGAGGCUUCCACGAGUUGGUGAGCUUCUAGCUACAGUGUUAUGUGACAAGCCUAUUUACAAGGUGUCCCCUUUUGGCAAUCGGUAUUACUUGUUGCAAGUUACACGACUACAACGGCACUGGCAGAAGCUACCUGUUAUCGCAUCGAUGGUUCGUUUGCCGGGCCAGUAAACAUAAUGUGCAAUCCUGACGCCAAGGGAGAACCAGGGUCGCAUAGUGCUUGUUGCAAUGCUGGAAAUGCAGACGCGUGUCUGUCAACCGGCCUAUGUUUGAACACGCGCGCGCGCGAGCAGGGUCACGUACUAUGGUCUACAGCAUGUACAGAUGCCACGUUCCAGGAUCCCGCCUGCCCUCAAUAUUGCCUUACUUCCGGGCUUGAUAACGCCCACUUGAAAUCUUGUAACAGUACCAGCUUUUGUUGCGAGGGCGUCUCAAAGAUCUUGACUCCGGCCGAAUGCUGCAGUAAUGCUUUCGUGUUAACGGGGCCUAUCGGCACAGUCAUCGCACAACUACGCUCCGGCGUAGGAGCUAUACCUCUUGCGACAGCAACCCCCUUAACAACUUCUAACUCAUCUGACAACGACUAUACGGCCGAGCUGUUGACGGUUAUCCCAUCGAGAGCAGUCGUGGGACUGGCAAUUGAAGCCUUUGUCAUCGUACUCGCUUUUAUUGGACUGGGCAUCUUGUUCUGGCGUAGAAGGCAGUUGAACCAGAGGGUAAAGAAGGCCGAAGAAGUUGUCGUGGCGGUACAGAAUGCACAUGAGAAGCAGCAGCAGCAGUAUAUCAUGGACAUCCAGAUGGAGUCAGAGCGGCAGAUAAGGGGUGAGCUUCAGCCAAGCAGUGCGUACCGGGAGCUUCCUGGAACAUACCUCAUCGACUAUGACGCUGCGCCCGAGCCAAUGCCCCGAGAAAGCAUUACUACCCUCGGCAGUAGUGGCAUGCAUGCUGAUUAUCGGCCAUCCCUUCGUCUCAAAUCGCCGGCCAGGGCCAUGAACGCGCAUGCGAAUUCCAUUUGAGUAGGUAAGGAAUCGGGACUGGAACAGCUUCGGCUACCUAGUAGAUAGAUAGAUACUUUCUUUGUUUCUCAAACAAUAGAAUAGUUAACGUGUUGGACGAGCUCUAGCCACAUGUUCACGAACAAUUUAACUAUGUACGAAAGGCCUUGAAUAUGUU